AAACCAAUAAAAUGGAAAAUACGAAUGAUUUCGAAUAUCCUCAUACUUUUAUAUUGUUGGGCGCAUCAGGAGAUCUGGCGAAAAAGAAGAUAUAUCCAACUAUAUGGUAUCUUUAUCGUGACAAUCUUCUUCCGGAAAAAACUAAAUUUUUUGGUUAUGCUCGUACUAAACAAUCUAUUUCUGAUGUCAGAGAGAAAAGUAAAAAAUAUAUGAAAGUGCGGGCAGGGGAAGAAGAGAAGUUUGAAAAGUUUUGGCAAGCAAAUGAUUACUGCCCUGGCUCAUAUGACAAGCGAGUUGAUUAUGAAAUUCUUAAUCAAUCAAUUACCAAGUUUGAAAAGGGACCAAUCGCUAACAGGAUAUUCUAUUUAGCUGUACCUCCAACAGUAUUUGAAGAUGUGACUGUAAAUAUAAGAAAUGCUUGUAUAUCUAUUAAAGGUUUCACUAGAGUUAUUAUUGAGAAGCCAUUCGGAAGAGAUGAUGUAUCUUCCAGUAAAUUGAGCAAUCAUCUAGCUGGUCUGUUUAAAGAAGAGCAAAUUUACAGGAUUGACCACUACCUUGGCAAGGAGAUGGUACAAAAUCUAAUGACUAUAAGGUUUGCAAAUCAAAUUUUUGGUCCUUCGUGGAAUAGGGAAAAUAUUGCAUCAGUCCUUAUUUCAUUUAAAGAACCAUUUGGCACAGAAGGUAGAGGUGGUUACUUUGAUGAUUUUGGAAUAAUUAGAGAUGUGAUGCAAAAUCAUCUUCUUCAAAUUUUAUCUCUUGUUGCUAUGGAGAAACCCGUCUCCUUGAAUCCUAAUGACAUUAGAGAUGAGAAAGUUAAAGUUCUUAGGCACAUUCGACCUAUUAAACGAGAAGAUAUAUUAAUCGGGCAAUAUGUUGGCAAUCCUGAUGGGCAGGGUGAUGAAAAAUUGGGCUAUCUUGAUGACCCAACUGUUCCAAAAGACUCUGUCACUCCAACAUAUGCUUUGGCAGUAGUUUAUAUUAAUAAUGCAAGGUGGCAGGGCAUUCCGUUUAUACUUCGUUGUGGUAAGGCCCUGAAUGAAAGAAAAGCAGAAGUGAGAGUACAGUACAGAGAUGUUCCAGGUGAUAUAUUUGAUGGUCAUGCAAAGAGAAAUGAAUUGGUCAUUAGAGUUCAACCUGGUGAGGCUCUGUAUCUAAAAUUAAUGAGUAAAUCUCCAGGCAUGAAGUUUGACCUUGUUGAAACUGAAUUAGAUCUGACGUAUAGCAUGCGCUAUAGAGAAGCUGAUGUGCCAGAUGCUUAUGAAAGAUUAAUUUUAGAUGUAUUCAUGGGGACGCAGAUGCAUUUUGUUCGAAAUGAUGAACUGACUGAGGCUUGGCGUAUAUUCACUCCUAUUCUAAAUGAGUUAGAAGAACAACAUGUUAAACCUGUGCCUUACACUUAUGGUUCCAGAGGCCCAUCGGAAGCUGAUAAAACAUUGGCCAACUAUGACUUUAAAUAUUCUGGUUCUUAUAAAUGGAAUAAGCCAACUAUCCAUUAAUAUUAUAAAUAUAGGCUUUAGGUGGUGGUUUCUCUCAAUUUAAGGUGGUGAUAUUUUAUACAUUAAGUAAGCUUUGCAAUAUCCAUUUUAAUUAUUAUAACCAUUCCAUUUGUAUACAAUUUUACCUAUAAAAUUAUUUAUUACUUAAUUCGAUUUUGUACUUAGCAAAGUAAAGCAGUGAGGUCACUCUAAGGUCAUUGAUAUCACAUUCUUUGAAUAGGUGUAUGUCACGUUAUAGGUACAUGCAUGUUGUCCGGUAUAAUCAGUGUUUAAAAAGUUUGUGUUCUUAAUAUUACAUAAGGUUGUGCAAGUGCCUUAUCUCUUAGUAUAUAAUUGAAACUGGGGUCAAAUUAUAAAAAUUGAAAGUUUAUCCCAAAGUAUAGAUUUUCAAUGCAAUAUAAAUUUACAAUUUUAUACAUCUUAGAUAUUGACUAUAUUUUUAUAUGUUAUUGGGAUGUUUACUCAUAAAUAAUAUAUAUAUCAUUUUAAUUGUGAUUUAAGCAAUGGUUACAUAGUUUCAUCUAAACUGUUAUUUUUUACACUAUUUUAAAUGGUGUUUUUGUGAACUAUGAUUGAAAGAUCACAUUUUGUAUUUGCAACAAAUCAACUGUGAAGGUAAAACAGAUCAGUAUUUUUUUAUAUUUAUCCACGGUCAGGUAUUUAACCAUCAGCAUGUCAGCUGAUACAAAACUCAUGAUUUAUCCACAUGAUUUUAAACCUUGAUGCUUUUAGUAUAGAAACUAAUUUAAACUGUGAAAAUUUGACAUUGAGGUAACCUGCAUGCUGAUCAGGUUAUCAAAAUGUGACAGAUUCAUUUAUCUGUUACGAAUUUUAAUUGGUGUAAAACAAUUUUGGAUAACUAGAUCACAGUUUUGAACUGCAGCUGUUGACUGAACACUCAACAAUAGUUUGAACCUUAAUAUAUUGAUAAUAAUGUUCAAAGUUGAUUACUGAAGUAUGAUCUUUUAUAGUCAUGUGUUCUGCUGCUGUGUGUAUUAUUGUAUACUAAAAUGAUAAUAAGUAUUAAACGUUUACGUAUAUUUAAGUGG